ACAUCGUCGAAAGCCGCAUGAGGGAUGGCUGCGUUUUUUAAUCCCGGUGCCACCGCACGGAUUCCAAUUACGGAUGAUGUAAUAUUAGAACAAUUGAUGAACGGAAACCUAUCGGAGAUUGAAGAUUUUGAUGAUGACGACUUGGAAUUUGAACCAAAUACCCUAUUUGAUCAAUUGGCUUGCGAAAAUCUCUUCGAUGGUGACAAUCCUAAUGCAGAUGAAGAAACAAGCCACCAAAUCUCAGAAUUGAAGUGUCCUCCGGUGGUGCAACCUCCAUCUACAUCGACACCGCAACCUCCUACUUCAAUAAUGACGCAACAUCCUCCUCCACCAAGGACGCAGUCUCCAUCAACAAUGCAACCGUCUUGCCCAUCAUUAUCAUCCACGUCGCGUCGUUAUCGAGAAAGGUCAGUAUAUUUAUCCUCUGAGCGAUCGAGAUCAACCACCAGUACUCGGGGAAGAAAAUCGGUGUCAACACCAUGUUCUCAAGGGAAUAGAUCAGCAUCAACAUCAAGUGGUAGGAAAAGAAUAUGGAAGCAAGUUCCAUUUGUAGAUAAACUGCAUAACUAUCUUCCCUUGCCUAAAAAAGUAGUAAGGCGUCCUAUCGACUACUUUCGUGACUACAUAGAUAACGAAUUUAUAGAAAGGAUAUCUCACUGCACUAACUUAUAUUACUUACGUACUACGGGCCGUGAAUUGAAAAGUACAAGCAGUGAGAUCGCAAAGCUCCUUGCAAUACAAAUAAUCAUGGGUUGUGUUCCUUAUCCCCGACUGCCUAUGUAUUGGAGGGCUGGUACUAGGUUGGAAAUUGUCAGUGGUUUAAUUUCACGGGACAGGUUCUUUACCCUUCGCAAUUCACUACACGUAGUUGACUCAGAUUCUCCAUCUGCAUCCGAAACUGGUAAUCCACUAUGGAAGGUUCAACCUAUGAUCAACCAAAUUAAAGGUGCCUGUAGUAAAUUAGAAAGGGUGCCGGGAUUUUACUCGAUCGAUGAGCAGAUGAUACCGUUUACAGGCCGCUGUCAACUUCGUCAGGUAGUGAAGAACAAACCUAGGCCUGUAGGGAUUAAAAACUUCGUCCUCACAACUAGUGAAGGAUUAAUGUUAGAUUUUGAGUUAUACAGGGGUGCAAGGACGAUGUUUGGUGAUACGAAUCUCGGUCUGGGUCCUUCGGUAAUCUUACAUCUAGCUAAAAGUAUUCCCCCAGGUAGCUGCGUAUACCACGAUAGAUAUUUUACCACCGUUCCUUUGAUUGAAGAAAUGAACAAGUUAAAUCUGCAUUCGACUGGGACAAUAAUGUUAAAUCGUAUCCCUGACCGAGCUACAAUAAAAUUUAAAAUUGAUUCACAAAUGACUCGUGGUGAAAGCCAACAUUUUGUUUGCGAACCUGUUACAAUAGUAAAGUGGAAAGAUAAUAAAUCGGUAUUACUUGCAUCCAACUGUACUGGCUCUGCCGCGACGAUUAUCGUUAAAAGGUGGGAUAAAACCAUUAGACAGUACGUUGACGUGACUGCUCCAAAAAUAGUAAAAAAUUAUAAUCAACACAUGGGAGGAGUUGACGUCCUGGAUCAACAGAUGGAGUGUUAUAGAACUUUUAUAAAAACAAAAAAAUGGACCUUAAAAUUGUUAACACACUUUUUUGACCUCGCGCUCGUAAACUCUUGGAGGCUGUAUAGAAACGACUGCAAUAGAAACAAUUAUGCAAGGAAAGAUACGAUGCCUUUACUCGAUUUCCGCUUGGAUGUGGCAGAUGCCUUAUCUUGUACACCAAGUAGAACUCGAAGGGAUAGUGAAGAUGAUGACCAGGUAUCAUCUCCUCGUCGCGACUACAAAAUAUACAGACCAGCAAAUAGACCGUCAGCAGAAAAACGAUAUGAUGGGUAUGAGCAUUUUCCCACCAGCGACGACAUAAAAGCGCCGAGGACUUGUAGAUUGGAAACCUGCAGCAGUCGUUCAAAAAUUAGGUGUGAUAAAUGUAAUGUGUAUUUAUGCUUAUCCCGUGAUAAAAAUUGUUUUAAGGCUUAUCAUAUACAAUAAUAAGUCGAUCUCAUUGAUUGUAAUAAGUAAAACCUAAGAUCUUGUUGAUUGUUGAAGUAAUUAUAGUUUAUUUUUGAUCCAAUUAUAGAAAUUAAGAAGAUCUCAUUUGUUAUACGUGAUUUUAUAAAUAAUUACAGUUUAUUUUUAUAUAUAAUUGUAAUACAGACUGAUUAAAGUAAUAGGAAAACAUACAUAUUCAUAUUUUAUUUU